UUUAAAGCAUUAUGCGCGCUCCUGGUCGAAACGGAGAAGACUGAGAGAAGUGAAAAAGCGCAAAUAUUUAGCUGUCUGUAAAUUAGUACAUCGUUGAGCAAUAACUAGCUACACAAUGUCUGAAGAAAAGCCAAAGGAAGGAGUGAAGACUGAAAACGACCACAUCAACCUUAAGGUCGCAGGUCAAGAUGGGUCAGUAGUCCAAUUCAAAAUUAAAAGGCACACUCCGCUCAGCAAGCUGAUGAAGGCCUACUGCGAAAGACAGGGUUUGUCAAUUAGACAGAUAAGGUUUAGGUUUGACGGACAGCCGAUUAACGAGACUGACACACCUGCACAGCUUGAGAUGGAAGAUGAGGAUACUAUUGAUGUAUUUCAACAACAGACUGGCGGCUCCUCCCUCUCUGAGGCUCCUCCUCCCCCUCUGAGGCUCCUCCUCCCCCUCUGAGGCUCCUCCUCCCCCUCUGAGGCUCCUCCUCCCCCUCUGAGGCGCCUCCUCCCCCUCUGAGGCGCCUCCUCCCCCUCUGAGGCGCCUCCUCCCCCUCUGAGGACAGAUACACUUGAAGAGCAGCAUCACUCAACCAUUUUUUUCUUCUUCAUAAUCGUUCAGCGUUAUAAAUAUAUUUUUUGUUUGAUCGAUCCGCUUCCCCCCCCCCAAGCCCUAAAAUGUUGUGAGGGGAGGCAGGGUUCUGUUUACAAUGGAAAACCAUGGCGUUAAGAAAGACGGACUGUUAAAUGGGUUACAUUCACAUUCUCUACCCACUCGUUCAAUCCCCCUUCAUGCUUUUUAAAGCAUUGCAUUGGUGCAGCAUGACUAAAGGGAGAUUCCACCACCAUACUCCUCACACCAGUCCAUUCCAUUUAAAUGCCUGAGAUUGAGUGAACGAGUACGGGGUAGUGAAUUGGGACGUAGCCAUGGUCCUAUUUGUCAUGAUCACAAGCUGGAUUUCAUGCCACCGAUCCAUUUCUUGUUUAUAUUCACGAGGAUGAACUAGAACUGUUUUUGCGAAUAUGUAUUUGUUUCACACACAGGACUAAGGUGAUGUGGGGGGGGGGGUUCCAACUGUCAUUCAGAUUCUGACCCUAUGGCACCCUAUUCCCUUUAAAGUGCACUACUUUUUGACCAAAAGUUGUGCACUAUAUAGUGUAUAGGGCGCCAUUUGGGAUGCGCAGCAAUCUACCACAGGAUGAGGUAACACAAGGUCCACUAGUGAUGAGGUAACACAAGGUCCUCUAGUGAAGAGGUAACACAAGGUCCACUAGUGAUGAGGUAACACAAGGUCCACUAGUGAUGAGGUAACACAAGGUCCACUAGUGAUGAGGUAACACAAGGUCCACUAGUGAUGAGGUAACACAAGGUCCACUAGUGAUGAGGUAACACAAGGUCCACUAGUGAUGAGGUAACACAAGGUCCACUAGUGAUGAGGUAACACAAGGUCCACUGAUCCUUCUGUUUCUCAAGUGACUUGUAUAUUCGUUUUGUCUUUUUUGUUUGUUUUUUAGUACAUUUUGCUAAAUAUAUGGGCCAAAUUAUCCAUUUUCUCAUUUCUCACCCUGUAUGGCCAUACGAUUGAAUGGUGCAUGGCUGUGUCUAGACCAAAUGCUUAAUGAACAGUAUUGUGAGCAGAAAUGUCUUGGUGAUGUGAUUGAAAAGGGUAAAGAUUUAAGGUCUAUUUUUAACGUCACUUGAAGAGGAAGAGGAAGGAUGCAACUUACCUUUUCAGACGGCUUUCUGCUUUUCCCCCCCCUCCACCCAGACGGAAGGGGAGUGGUUGAGCUGUACUUGGUGGAUUUCUCCAGAAUUUUACCCAACCCCCACUGCAUCACUGAUAUUUUAUGACAAAAUAAAAGGGAAUCCACCCAGACCGUCAA